AUGUACGAGCUAGCGAAGAAAGAGAGACUGGACGGAGCAUGCUACUCGCGCGAAGAGAAAACGUGUCCGUCUGAACGAGUCGACAUGUUCGUGUCGAUGUGA